AUGUUGAAGUCGAUGAAGUCGUUGUCCAAACAGACGAAGACUGUGUCCAGAAAAUGCAUUUCAGUCAACAUCUCUUCAAUGGACGCGCAGUUGGAGUUCGACAUCGAAAGGUCCGCCUUUGGCCGCGACCUCAUAGACCUCGUGUGCCGUACGAUAGGUCUUCGAGAGGUCGCCUACUUUGGCCUUCAAUACAUCGACAGCAAGGGAUUCAACGCGUGGCUAAAGCCCGACAAGAAGAUCAUCGAUCAGGACAUCCAAUGCCAUCGAACCACGGAAGACGGCCACCGGAAGCCGUCGAAGAACCAGGAUCAGUUGAUGUAUUUCCUGUUUUUGGCCAAAUUCUUUCCCGAAGACGUGGCCGAAGAGCUGAUCCAAGAGAUCACUCAACACCUGUUCUAUCUGCAGGUGAAACAAGCGAUCCUAAAUAUGGACAUCUUUUGCCCGCCGGAGGCGAGCGUUCUGUUGGCCUCGUAUGCGGUUCAGGCGAAGUACGGCGACUACGAUGAGGCCAACUAUAAGCCGGGAAUGUUGGCCGACGCGGAGGACCUGUUGCCGCAGCGGGUGAUCGAUCAGUACCAGAUGACGCCCGAGAUGUGGGAGGAGAGGAUCAAGAUAUGGUACGCCGACCACAGAGGCAUGACUCGAGACGAGGCCGAAAUGGAGUACUUGAAGAUCGCUCAGGACCUCGACAUGUAUGGCAUCAACUACUUCCCCAUCAGCAACAAGAAGGAGAGCGAACUAUGGCUCGGAGUGGCGGCACUCGGGCUCAGUAUCUACGAGAAGAACAACAAACUGUCGCCGAAGAUAUUCUUCCCGUGGAGUGAAAUCCGGAACAUCUCAUACGACGACAAGAAGUUUACGAUCAAACCGGUGGAUAGGGCGCACUCACCCAACUUCAUGUUCUACUCAUCCAAGACUCGCAUGAAUAAACUGAUUCUCGACCUCUGCAUCGGUAACCACGACCUCUUCAUGCGUCGCCGGAAACCCGAUUCCAUGGAAUUGCAACAAAUGAAAGCUCAGGCGCGCGAAGAGAAGGCCCGCCGACAGAAGGAGCGCCAGAAGCUGUCGCACGAGAAGCGUCUGCGCGAAGAGGCCGAGCGCGAGAGGGGAGAACUCGAGCAGCGGCUGCUCCAGUAUCAGGACGAAGCGCACGGCGCUCAGGAGGCCCUCCGCCGCUCCGAAGAGACGGCCGAUCUGUUGGCCGAAAAGGCUCGGGUGGCCGAAGAGGAAGCGAUGCUCUUGUCUCAGAAGGCGGCCGAAGCCGAGGCGGAGAUACAGCGGAUCAAAAUCAGUGCCAUAAAGACAGAGGAGGAGAAGGUGUUUAUGGAGAGGAAGGCGGCGGAGGCCGAGCUCUUGGCCUCAACGAUGGUCGAGGAGAGCGAACGGCGCGGCAAAGAAGCGGAACAGUUGCGCAACGAAUUGUUGAGAGCGAAAGUGUCCGAAAGACACGCCAAAGAGAAGUUGAUGGACGUGUUGAGAGGGCCCACAUCACCAAAGAGUCCCAAACAGAUGAACGGAACCAAUAUAAUGAUUGGCAGCCAUUACGGCGAGAGUGCGAUCAUUAAUGGCAUGAAUGCGAUGGACAGUCACGACGACGUGAACAACUACUUUGUGGACGGAUUGCCGACGAAUGGCAUGAAUGUGUUGCGAGACUUGAGUGAAUUGCGGCUCAACGACGCCAACGACCACUUGGCCUAUCGUUCGGCCAACGGUUCGUCGCCCUAUCACUCGGCAUACAAUACCAGUUCCAUAACAGUGACGACAUCGUCGACAUCAAUGCCGGCCUCGAGCAGCACUGCCCGCACGCACGGACUCAGUCUCAUGAGCUCAACCGUAUGCGAUCUGUUGAGCGAUUCAGAUGUGGAGAAGUUGGCCCUCGAGAUCGAGAAGGAGAGGAUUGAGUACUUGGAAAAGUCGCGUCACCUCCAGGAACAGCUCCGCGAUCUCAAGUCGGAGAUACAAGUGCUCAAAGUGGAGGACAAACUGACGCCAUUGGAUCGCUUCCACGAAGAGGCCGUCAAUAAAGGGGAGACUAAAUACUCGACAUUACGCCGGACCCGAUCGGGAACUACCAAAGCACGCGUCGCCUUCUUUGAAGAAUUAUAA